AAAUGAGUAGGAUGAUUCCACUUCUGAUCCUCGGUCCUCCUCACUCUUCAAAUCCUGACAAAUUCGUGAUUUAGACACAAGGAAAAUGGCAGCGGAAAAACCACAGCCGGUUCAAGUUCCCUACUGCCAGGUUUGUACGUUACCUGCAGAGUACUGCGAAUUCGGGCCGGAUUUUGAGAAAUGCAAGCCGUGGUUGAUCCGCAACGUUCCCAAUCUCUACCCACACCUCCUCCAAGAGGCGAAUGAUAAAGAAGCAGAGAAGCUAUCAGAGCAGCUUCAAGGGCCUGGUAUAUCCCCAGCUGGAUCACCAGCUGCAACCGCUGGGGAACCUUCAGCCAGCAAGCAAGAAGAUGUCAAACGACUUCCUGGUGGAAAAAUUAAGAGAAAGGAGAAACAAGAAGUUGCUAUUGAAAAGAUUGUGCGGAAUAAGCGCAAAUGUAUCACCACAGUAAAAGGAUUAGGACUAUUUGGUAUUAAACUUAGUGAUGCUUCAAAGAAGUUUGGAAAGAAAUUUGCUACAGGUGCAUCUGUAGUUAAGGGACCGACUGAGAAGGAUCAAAUUGAUGUUCAAGGAGAUAUUGCUUAUGACAUAGUAGACUUCAUUAGAGAAACAUGGGCUGAGGUGCCAGAAAGCGCUAUAUUCUUUAUUGAGGAUGGGAAAAGGGUAUCUGCAGCUUGAGCUUUUAGUUUGUGCCAUGAGGAGUUGAUGCUAAAUUUCGGUCGCAUGCUAGCAGAGAUUUUGAGUUGAUGACAUGCUGGAAAGCAAUCUCUCUUUUGUACCUGUUAUGACAGUUAAUUCAGAUGUUAAAAUUUGCAAGAUAAUAUCUAUCUUAGGUCUAGGUAAACGUCUUACAUUAGCCCCUCCAUUCUUCGAUAGGGAUGUUAAAAUUUGCAGUUGGGGUUUAAAUACAGAGCUUUCUACAGGAAGAAGAAGAGAAUCCGAUAUACCGGUGUACUAUUUAUUGAUCAAACAUGGUGUCGUAUUUUUCA